GUUAAUAUAAAAACUUUCUAAUAAAUAUUAGGUUUAAAAUUUCAUAUUAGAAUAAAAACGUUUCAAACUUAUUUCGAUUUUAAUAAAGUGAAAUAGAGCUGGUGACAAACGAAGGACAUAAGAAUCACUGAUAAAUUAAUAAAUAAUAAAUCCGUACUACACAAUAACCAAUUCAAUAUUCUUAACAACUAUCCUCGUUGAAAACCGUGAAAGGGUUAGGUGGACAAAAAGGAACUUGGCAUUUACCUCGAUGGUCGAUACCAGUUUCUUCCCCGAGUUUCUGCUUCUCCGACAAAUUGGUGGCUGGAAGCUUAAAAUUUGUAACGUGAAAUCCUCACAAGGGAAAUAUGUCCAAAAGAAAAAAAAAUAGAUACAAAAAACGAAAAGCUAAAUUUAAUAGUGAACGUGAUAAAAUUAUAGAAGACCCGGUAUCUGAUGAUAUCAAGGAAAGUAGUAUUAAAAAUGAACCACAGUUGACUACUCCCACAUCAGUUUCUAGAUUAAGCUGUUAUGUAACUCCCAAGAUGAGUCCUCUAAGGAGUCAAAAUUAUCCAGACCCGCCCCAAUUUAGUGAUAUUGAAGCACAAUUAGAUCAUGAAAAUUUCUUGUGCAGAAAAUCGAUUAACACUAGCAAAUUUUAUUCGUGCCAUGACAAUUUUUUGGAGAGUGAUCAACAUUUCCAAAUUACUUUAGAAAAAAAAAUAAAACGAUGCAAUGAAACUCCCAAGUGUACCAGGACUCGACAGCAUCAAAAUUUUCUUUAUGAUAGUCCUGCACCUUUAAAAAGAAAACAAAAAUUCUCCAGGGGUAAUUGCGGUGAUUUGUCUUUCUCGCCGAAUCAGUUUUCCUCAACCCCUAUAUUACAGCACCAAAUAAAAACGAUAGAAAAUAAUGCUGAACGUAGUUUUGAUGUUGUAAAAGACGAUGUAGUAAGUCCAAAAACGCCGAUAUAUAACAGAAAUAUCAACUUGAAUAAUAGCUACACCACAGAAAAGCUUCUACCAAAAGAUAGUAGCAUGAAAAACUUAAAAUUGCACGUAAUAAAUAUGUCUGGUAAGAUAAAACUACCAUCAACACGCCAAGAAGAAAAAUUUAAUUUUUCUCGAAACAUUAGUAAAAAAAGCUUCAACGUCUCUAUUUCCAACACUGAAACUACGAGAUUUUUUUUUGGAAACCUGAAGAGAUACUACAAAAUCGUUUACAAUUGGAUUAUAAGGAUAUGGGAGAUUUGUUCAAACCUCGGUACUAAUCUAAAAAAGGAUACAGUUGAUGGGGGCGAAGGUAUUGCAGAUCCUUUUCAUGGAAUGUGCGAUAAGUGUUUACAAUGCAAGGAAAAUAUUUCGAUAUUAUCGAAAAAAAUAGAGGAACUCACAGUAUUGCAAAGUGGGCAUUUAGAACAGAUGAAGACCCUCUCUCAACAAUUACAUCAGAUCAAACAACAAGUGGAUAAAUUAAACGACUUUCAAACCGAAUUAGAAAUGUUGAAAGAGCAAGUUAAGAUGGCAAAACCAGCCUCUCUUGUUCCAAGCGUUUUGCCUCCUGCACCACCGCCGCCACCGCCACCGUUGCCUCCACCAGUUUUACCCUUAUCGGAAACAAAAACUUUCAACUUCCAAAAAAAAUCAAGUUCUGGAACUAAAGCGGUUACAAAUGAAAAUUUAAGGCCCGUUAUAUCACUGGAGGAUAUUUUAAAAGUAAAAUUGAAAAAGACAUCGAGCCGACUUCAUCAACCGAUCUCUCGUCGAAACAGUUCUGCAGUACCUUCGGAUAUGUUGAAAGCAGUAACUUUAAAACCUGUUCCACGUACCCCGCAUCUUCUUAGUACACCCAAAAAUGAUAUUGGAGAUAUGACUUUAAGCCCGAAUACGAGAUUGUGCUCAUUAUUAAAAACUGAAAUGUCCACCAGUAAAAUUAAACGAUUACAGAGAGUCGGUAAAUAUAGUUUUGAUUCUAUUUAUAAAAAGAGAUUAUUGGAUUCCAGAGAUAGGGAGUAGAAUUGAAUGGGAAGAUCAGACUGUUGGUCUAUUGCAAAGGACAAUAAGAAACUUUUUGAAUUAUUUGGGCAUCACUGGUUUUACAGCUAAACAAAUGGUGUAAUGAUGCCAUAACAUAUUUUUUGUUUGAUUUUUGGCAAUGUUAAUAUCAUUUCCAUAUUUCGAUAUGGAAAUUUUGAUAAUGUGAAAAAAGACUAAACACAUUUUUCGUGAUAAACAUUAUAUAUACAUAUUUCUAUUAUUAUUAUUUGAUGUGCAAUGUUGCCUUAACUUAUUUUUUAAUGUUUUAUAUUAUAUAUAUAUUUUAAAACUUUUUUUUAUUAUUGUUUCAAAAAUUUCGGCAUUAUAAUGUGACUUUAAUAUUAUUAUUACUAGUUAUUUAAGUCAAAAUUUUUGUUUAUUAUGUUCUUAUGGAUAAUAUUAAAUAAUGUAUUUCUACUAUUUGUAGGUUCCCUUUAAAUUACUGUGAUAAAAAGUAAUAAAAAAUUCUUUAUAUCAAGAAAAUUUGUAAUAAUAUUUAAUAAAUGACAAUAAAAA